AUGUAUGUUGUAAGUGGUGGCUCGGCCUGUCAGGAACAGCUGAUAGACGCCGCAAAGGAUGUGGCUCACUCUGUUGAGGGAAUUGUGGAGGCGGCCCAGCAGUCCUGCCGCGACGACAAGCUUCUGGCCGACCUAGCCGCCGCAGCCACCGCGGUUACUCAGGCUCUUAACGACCUGCUACAGCACAUCAAGAAGGGGGCAGGACCCACCGCUGCUGGAGAGUCCCACGAGGAUGCAGUGGACAUGAUCCUGACUGUGACGGACAGACUGUUCAGUAGUGUGGGCGACGCCCAUGAGAUGGUGAGACAGGCCAGGCAGCUAGCUCAGCGACCUCUUCAUCGGUUGGGGCCAUCAGGGGAGAAGCCGAGGGCCACUCUGACUCGGACAUGCAGAAACGGCUCCUGGCCGCCGCCAGACAACUCGCUGAUGCUACAGCGAACAUGGUGGAAGCUGCCAAGGGCUGUGCGUCGAGUCCGAACGACUCAGAGCAGCAGAAGAGACUAA